AUGUCUCAAUCCCAGGCUACGCAGAUUACCUCCCCGCCACCCGCAUAUUCUACUCCAGCCUAUCUAGCUCACGAUCCUAACAAGAGCUUCCUCAUCUCCACACCAAAGGACAAGCGGCGUACAAGCUACACAAAAGAGCCCGUCUUUCAUAUUCAGAUCCAGACAGGACUCAAACACGCCGCCAUCAUGUUCGCCUCAAUAUCGUCAUCCUUGUCGGGGAGGAAUGCGCCGCCGCCUCCACCGACACCAUCUUCAUCGACGACCUCAACAUCGCAACACCCUAGCAUAUCCAGCGCGUCCCGCGCAGAGCACUCCCAGUCCUCAAACACCUCCGUCUCCGCCUCCGCGGCCCCGCAAGCCCAUCAUCAUCAACACAACUUCCUCGGCGCCGCCCAACAUGCACCACCAGCCCCCGCCUCCUCGGCGGCAUCAGCCUCACCCCCCCAACAGCCCCUCCACCAGACCCUCCCCUCCGCAGACCAACAACACCACAUCUCCGAGGCGCGCGCCGCCGUCGUAGCCUCCAUCGGCAACAUGCUCGACGGCGAACUACAGACCCGCGCGCGGAUGCUGCACGUCAACGCGGCGGCGCUUGAUAAGCAGGAGCGCGACGUCGUGCGGGCGACGGAGGCGCUGCGCAAGGAGAAUGAUAAGCUGGCCAAGUUCUCAGGGGACGCGGCGCGGAGAGUUAAAGAGCUGGGGAACGUGCAGAAUUGGGCUGAGGUGCUGGAGCGGGAUUUUUUGGUGCUGGAGGAGACGUUACGGCUUUUGGAGUGGGAGUGGGAGCUGGAGCGGCAGUGA